CUAGCUCAAUCUUAUAGUCGUCAUUCUAGAUUAAUUUGGAGGUACUACCGUACUACAUUCUCGAAGAUGGAUGCUGCUGGGAAGUCUACUGGUGCCAAAUACGAGUGCUUGCUUUUUGAUUUGGAUGACACUCUGUACCCCAUGAGCUCGGGUCUCAACUCGGCUUGCAGGAAGAACAUUGAAGAGUACAUGCUGCAACACUUGGACAUUGAAGAAAGUGAGGUUCCAAGGGUCUGCCUGGAAUUGUACAGAGAAUAUGGGACAACCAUGGCCGGUUUAAAGGCUCUUGGUCAUGGGUUUGAUGAUGAUGAGUUUCAUGCAUAUGUCCAUGGAAGACUACCCUAUGAUGCAUUGAAACCUGACUUGGUGCUAAGACACCUUCUCUUAUCUAUGCCACAGAGAAAAAUAAUCUUCACCAACGCUGACAAAGCACAUGCAGCUCAAGUUCUCAGCAGCUUGUGCUUGGAAGAUUGUUUUGAAGGCAUCAUAUGCUUCGAAACUCUUAACCCUCCUCAACUUGAACCAGUUGAUUUCGUUACUUCACCAGAUGAAGGUGGUAUAGAGAGUGCUUCAAAGGCUACUGCCAUGGAUUACGCUGGAAAUAAUCUGAGUCCCAAGUCACCAAUUCUUUGCAAACCCUCUGUUGAAGCAAUUGAAGCUGCUCUUCGUAUUGCAAAUGUUGACCCACAAAAAACUCUUUUCUUCGAUGAUAGUGCUCGAAAUAUAGCGAGUGGGAAGGCAGCAGGACUUCAUACAGUUAUUGUUGGGAGUUCAGAGAUGGUGCCUGGUGCAGAUCAUGUUCUGCGUAGCAUACAUAACAUCAGAGAAGCAAUACCUGAGAUAUGGGAAGGGGAAGAAGAACAACAACUAGAGCAAUUCAUCCAGUCUAUUGCAGUUGAAACAGUAGUCCGUGCAUAAGAUCUCACUGUUUGCGUGCAAAAUUCAGAAAAUGAGGGCUGGUGGUAUUAAGGUGCAAUGAAGGGAAUUAAUGAUGCACAAGAAUUGUAUUCACUUAUUAUAUACUUUGUAACAGAAUAGAGCAUUCCACAAAUAACCGACUCCAUGUAGUUUUCUUCUUCAAAAGUGGACUAAAUAACAAUAAGUGUGUCUGACUAAAGGAAGC